AUGUCGAACCAAUCGAUCCUUCGUAUAACACGCGAACUGAGCGAGAUACAGCGGGGUUCGGAUCUGUCUCUCGCGGUUGCCUGCCGUGACAUCGACGUUCGGCAUGUGCGUGCCUUGAUCAUCGGACCUCCAGACACCCCCUACGAGUUCGGCUUCUUUGAGUUCACCGCCAAGUUCACCAAGGAGUAUCCCACGAAAGCCCCCAACGUCCAGUGCAUUACCACCAACAGUGGCCACACUAGAUUCAACCCAAAUAUCUAUGCUGGAGGCAAGGUCUGCUUGUCAAUCCUUGGCACAUGGCGGGGCGAGCGGGGCGAGGAGUGGUCUUCGGCACAGGGUUUGGAAUCUAUCCUGAUAUCCAUACAGAGCCUUAUGUCCUCAAAUCCCUACGAAAAUGAGCCCGGCUUCGAAGACGCUAAAUCUGACUAUGACAAGAAGAACCAGGCUGCCUACGUGGCCAAAAUCCGACAUGAGACUCUACGCAUCUCCGUGAUCGAGCGACUCGAAGACUAUCUAGGCAUUAAGCGAGGAAAGCCGUCUCAGGUGACUGUCUACAACGCGGAGGAGGAUUAUCAGUCGGGUGCUGGCGAUGCACCGUUCGAGCCGUUCAAGGAUCUUUGCAAGCGUCGGUUCCUUUGGUACUAUGAGUCGUAUCUCGCUAGCAUCGAGGGCGAAAUGAAGAAACACAAGGACGGCGAGCGGUUCGAGAAGAUGCCAUUUGAGGGCCCGGGAAACACGAUGGAGGGCAGCUUUCAAUAUCCGCAACUUAAGGACCGCCUCCAGACCAUCCUAGCGAAGCUGGACGAAGAGACGCAGAUCUGGGCUACUGACGGCAUGAGGGCUGUUGAGAAGGAGAUGGGCAUAGCAAGUAACCUUCAACGACAAUUCGAGCAGAUCGUCGAGAACUACAAGAAGAACGACGCGGUGACGCUCGAUCUGGAUCUAGUCGACAAGAACCCUUUUGUCUGGCGCCUAGUAUUCUUCGGUCGGCCAAUGACGAACCUUGACGGAGGCAUGUUCCGCAUCAUAAUCCACCUUAGUCCCAAAUUCCCGGAUGUUCUGCCGCGCGUUAAGUUCGACACGCCGAUCUUUCACCAUCGAGUCUCUCCGGAUGGUGUGCUAUGCUACAAUGCUACCAGAAAGGACGACAUGCGGUCACACAUUGAGGCUAUUAUCGAAGCCAUCGAGGAGGAGUCACCCGCUUAUGAUCCGCGUACUUUGGUCAAUCUUGAGGCUGCAAAGCUCUUCUGGGGUGGUCCCGACGAAAAGAAGAUCUACAACCGACGUCUGCGACGGUCGGCACAAGACAGUGCUGAGUAA